AUGAUGAUGCGGGCACUGGUGGCGUCCAGCGUCCUCGUGCUUCUGGGCUGGGCUGUGACGGCCAGUGAGGAUGAUGAUGUGCCGGUUAUUGCCGUGGGUGAGGAUGGGGCGUUGUUGAUCAAUGCGAGCAAUCGUGUGGUGGUCAAUGGUGUGGAUGUGCUGGCCGUGCUCACGGCGAUGGCGAUUGAUUUGAACCCGCGGCGUGUGAUGGCCCCUGUGGAGAGUCACGCGAUUACCGCCAACGCCGGGUCGGCGCGUUCGGUGUAUGCGGCAGAUCUGGACAACGACGGACAUAUCGACGUCCUCAGUGCCAGCGUGUCGGACAGCAAGAUUGCCUGGUAUCGCAACAAUGGCAACGGCACCUUCUCUACUCAGAACAUCAUCACCCGAAGCGCCGUUUCUGCCUUUUCGGUGUUUGCGGCCGACCUCGACCGUGACGGUGAUACUGACGUUCUCAGCGCCAGCUUCACCGAUGACAAGAUUGCGUGGUAUCGCAACCGUGGUGAUGGCACGUUUUCCGCACAGAUCACCAUCAGUGCAGAGGCCGAUGGUGCGUCCUCGGUGUACGCGGCGGACCUGGACGAAGAUGGCGACUUUGACAUUCUCAGCGCCAGCCACAAGGACGACAAGAUUGCGUGGUACCGCAACAACGGCGAUGGCAACUUUUCCGCACCGAUUAACAUCACCACAAACGCCGAUGGUGCCUACUCGGUUUAUGCGGCAGACCUGGACAACGACGGUGACAUGGAUGUUCUCAGCGCCAGCUACAACGACGACAAGAUUGCGUGGUAUCGCAACAAUGGCGACGGCAACUUUUCCGCACCGAUUAACAUCACCACGGACGACAAGGGUGCGUCUUCAGUGUAUGCGGCGGACCUGGACAACGACGGCGACAUGGACGUGCUCAGCGCCAGUGUUCAUGACGACAAGAUUGCGUGGUACCGCAAUCAUGGUAAUGGCACCUUUUCCGCGCCAAACGUUGUCACCACAGACGCCCUCUACGCGCGCUCAGUGUAUGCCGCAGACCUGGACAAGGAUGGCAACCUGGACAUUCUCAGUGCCAGUAUUGAUGACGACAAGAUUGCCUGGUACCGCAAUCAUGGUAACGGCACCUUUUCCUCGCAGAUGAGCAUCACCACGGACGUCGGCGGUGCGUACUCGGUGUUUGCGGCGGACCUAGACAACGACGGCAACCUCGACGUUCUCAGUGCCGGCUCGCAUGAUGGCAAGAUUACGUGGUGGCACAGCUUGAAUCGAAAUACUUUUCCCAACGAACAACGCACGCCUCACUCUCACUCGACGCUCACACAGAGCAUAAGCGAGAGCAAGAGCGAGAACGAGAUUCCACAGUCAAAAAAAAAAGCACAUUAUCAGCAUUGUGACAUUAAAUUUUUUUUCAUACAUCCGAUAAAAUCUCUCUCUCAAACCGACCAAACCAAUUCAUCUCUCUUCUCUCUCCCUCUGUCUCUGUCUCUGUCUUGGUCUCUGUCUCUGUCUCUGUCUCUCUCUCUGUCUCUCUCUCUGUCUCUCUCUCUGUCUCUCUCUCUGUCUCUCUCUCUGUCUCUCUCUCUGUCUCUCUCUCUGUCUCUCUCGCUCUCUCUCUUUCUCUCUCUCUGUCUCUCACCAAAUCAAUUCAUCUCUCUCUCUCUCUCUCUCCCUCUCUGUCUCUCUCUCUGUCUCUCUCUCUGUCUCUCUCUCGCUCUCUCUCUUUCUCUCUCUCUUUCUCUCUCUCUGUCUCUCACCAAAUCAAUUCAUCUCUCUCUCUCUCUUCUCUCUCUCUUCUCUCUCCCUCUCUCUCUUCUCUUUCUCUCUCUCUGUCUCUGUCUCUCUCUCUCUCUCUCUCUCUCUCUUCUCUCUCUUUUCAAUCUCUCUCUCUCUGAAUGA